AUGAUUCACCCCAAGAAAGAUGACGAGCCCACGCUGCCUGGAGACCCAUCAGCAAAGGCAAAGUAUGUUUUCAGACUUGUCGAGGAGGCAUUGCUCGAAAAUUUCGAAUCGGUCUCCCAAACCUUUGAGGAUACAGACCUCGAAGACUGUAUGUCUUUGGCGAAACAAAUCGCGGCCAAGCCCGAACUUCGGCCAAAACUGCUCCUAGCUCUGGAGAGAUGUACGCUUUCCGGUUGGGAUGACAUCUAUAUGAGCACUGUGGAAAAUUAUGACGGGUUAAAAAAAAUCACGCCAGAGGUCCUUCUUGCAGAUGCGGAAAGUCAUACGAUGAGAUUGAGCUAG